GCUCACAGCAAUGACCACCACCCAGUCCCAUUUCACGCCAGAGCAAGUCUCUGUUGCUACCAUAGACUCGGUGGUCUCGUCGCCACGGUCAGAUCAUCAUCCGUCGAUAGAUAACAGCCGUGUUUACGAUGACACGACGGCACAAGCCCGUGUUCGGUUCAUGUGUAGUUUUGGUGGAAAAAUAUUACCACGUCCACAUGACAACCAACUCCGGUAUGUUGGUGGCGACACUCGUAUAGUCACCGUGCUCCGCCACAACACUACCUUCGCAUCCCUUAGCAACAAACUAUCCAAGCUUUCUGGUACAACCGAUAUAUGUAUAAAGUACCAAUUACCAAACGAAGACUUGGACGCCUUAAUCACAGUCACUAGUGAUGAAGACGUGGAAAACAUGAUGGAUGAGUACGACCGGCUGGCUCACAAUAACAAAACGGCUCGGCUCCGUAUCUUCCUUUUCCCAACUGACGCCUCUCUAUCUCGAGCCAGCAGCAUCAGCUCGCUCCUAGACGGCUCCGUUAAGCGCGAACACUGGUUCCUUGACGCGCUUAACGGGGGCGCCAGCCUGGAGCGUGGUCGAUCUGAAGUCUCGUCAAUUGUUUCUGAAGUGCCCGAUUAUUUAUUCGGGCUGGAUCAUCCGGAUGACCCGAAGCCCAAAACCCGACUUAAUGAUAGUGUCUCGGCUUCGGAUCCUGGGUCACCGGCUCCAAGAAUUUCUUCUCCUUAUUGCUCGACUUCUUCGGCCUUGGGGACUUCGGUGGCUCCCAACCUUCGACCUGUUCGGACUAAACUUGAUAACCCGGUACCAGUCGUUAGUGAACCAAAAGAAACGGUCACCGAGCAUUUUUCCGAGCCUAAUGACCCAAUAGUUUUGAAGCAAACGGAGUAUCCGGGUCAGCCCGUUUAUUAUGUACGUCGUACUUCCUCACCGGUACCAAUGCAAGAAAUGCCUGUUUAUUAUAUGCAUCCCCCCGGUUCGAUGCCUCAAGAAAAUGUUGCGGUUCAACCCGGACCUAUUCGAGGUCAAUAUGGUCAACAGUUUAUGGCACCUCCGGGUCAAAUGAUUCACCACCCCCAGGUGCAAAAUAUGGGCCAAAUGUACUCAGGAAUGAGGCCCGUUACGGGUGGGGAGUCAUAUGAAAUGGCGGGUAGAACAGGUGGAGGGCCGGGCCAGCCUAUUUAUUAUGGGCCAAGGUAUGUUGGAGUUCAGGGCUAUCCGGGUAUGGUUUUGCCGGGUGGGGAAGAGAUGAAGCAGCAACCUGCAUCCGAUGGAAAACUGGCCCGUGCUCCCCAAUGAAGUUGAAUAAAUAAAUGGGUACUUCUAAAUGGGCUGGCUACAAUACAAAUGGCCAAGUUUGAUAUAAUUCUGGUUUAAUUAUUUUGUUUAUUUUUAUUUUUUUUCUAUGUUGACAUUGAAUAGGUCAAUAUCCAUGAAGUUGUUUGUAAUUUUGUAUCAUGAACUUCAUAUAUGAUGAUUGUGAAAUGUAAAAUAGUAAUUUAAUUGUUGUAA